AGAAGAAGAGCGAUAUCCCAGCGUGCACCACUGCCGCUGUGUCCGACGUUACCAAACAAAACAGCUUGUAUACAGUAACUGAUUUUUCCGGCAGUGAGUCACACAGAGACAGCAGGUAUAUACUGCGUCUCCUUCUCCCUCUCCAGGAUGAGCUCCAUGCGGACCCUCCUGAGCUCCGGUGCGAUGGUCGCUGCGCUGGGGCUCGGCUAUGGGAUGUUGUCCAUUAUAUCUCCAGGAGAGGACAGGCGGAGAGAGCUCGUCAAGAAUCUGCCUGAAGCAAACCCAAUGAGGAUGGAAGAGACAAGGAAGAGGAAUGCUCUGGUGAUGCAGGCGAUCAAGGAGGCUGCUGAGACUAACGACAACAUUGCAAAAGGCUACGGAGGACCUUCAAAAUAGACAGGAUAGGCUCUGGGACCUGUGAGCAAAGUCCUUGUGCAUUGAAUGCUGCUGGCAUGCAGGAAGGACCUGUUCAAAUGAACACAAUGAACCACUGGAUGUUAACAUUGUAUAUUAAAUCUCUUCAACACAACCACA